GGUCCCCCCCCUCCCUCUUCCUUUCCGUCUGUCUGCUGUACGUGUAUGUGCACACUUACGUGUCAGUCUCUCUCACACACAUACACAUGCUCAUGGAGGUCCAUGGGUCUUGCGUGCUUGUUCCCUCCCUGCGCACCUCAUGGGUAAAGUAACUUGUUAGCGAAAGGUAGGUUGUUAGCAGACGGCCUAUACGUUUCUUAUACGUUGUCGCUUCUUAGUGUUGUCUCUCUCGCUUAUUCCUCACACGCUCAUUGAGCGCAUUUCCCCCUUCCCACCCAUUCAGCCAGUGUUGCUCCUUGUACGACGCCUCGCCCGUCACCACCGAGCCAUCGCGCCUUAGUCUAUCAACCUCUUGCUCUCUCGCCUGUUGCGCCUUCUCAUUAGUUCAUCUCGUGUGUUGGCUUGUUCUCGACCGAUCUCGCUUGUCCUGGAACAGCUCAAGGUCAUCCUCAUUGCUUGGCUACCUCAUCAAGCUCAUGUCCUUGAGCCUGGUUUUUGCGCCGCCCGCCCAUCAUGUCUCGCUUCUCGCCUCGACCGCUGCAAUGCAACUGCAUAGCUUAGCUUACCCUGUUCCUCUCACCUGUCUUAUCUUCACCUUUGAGGCGUACGGGGACACUUAUGCUGGCUCAAACAGGUGCCGCCCCGACCUCUGUUCGGACGGUUGCCGUCUUUUCUUGCGAAACAAGGAUUCGUGUGUGGGCCAGCUUCACUCACUCCAUCGUUGGCAUUGGCCUUUCCACUCAGACCUUCACACCCCUGGGCUCUCAAACACCCUCAAGCUCUGCUCUGCUCAUCGCCGAACAUCCUUUCGCUUAUGGUCGACUCAUAUUUCCGUGAUUUCAUGUGCAAACCUAGUACGCUACCGUCAUCAUCAUCAUCCUCCUCCUCACCAUCCGGCUCGGAUGAGAUAAGCGAAUAGUCCCCGUAAACCUCACUUGCCGGCUCACCCUUCGAAUCCGCCUCGCUAGACACCCCGUUUCUAUUGGAGUGAUCUCGUGGUGUUGCCCUUGUUGGCAUGAAAAUGUCCAAAGUCCCCGGCCGGACCACUCCGUGUGUCCAGAUUACGCCGCAACACGACCUUGCAAACCCCCACACCUUCGUCUGGGAAGCCGUAGAGGACUCGCUAUAUCUAGCUCCUUCGCCCAACCCCUACCACAUGGCUCCUGGUCGGUGUCACCGCACUCACACCUCGACUUCACCUUGCAUACCAUUCGCCUGCCAGAGCGUUUCGCAAACCUGCAGCAUCCCGCCCGUCACGCAUCGACCUUCCAUAGGGCAGAACCUGUAUCACAAUACAGUGUCAACGACGUCCAUGUGUGCGCCGCCUCCUCCGGCAAAGCCCAUACAGACCGUUAUAAGCCGUUUGGUACCCCAGGCCACCGUCCAACAAGUUCAGGUGAUGCCAUCGGUCCAUUGUCAACGCGUCUAUGGAGUCAAAGUCUCCACCGGAGCGAGCUUGGUUCUCGUCGUUCCUCCGCCGCCCAUGGUCAAGCUGCUGCGAUCCGAACGAGCCUCCGUCAUCUCGGAGGCUGCCGUAUUGAGAUGGCUUGCUGGCAAAACUGUCGAGACGCCUCUUAUCCGUGAGAAAGUUACGGAAACAGAAGACUCGCCUUGGUCAACCUCUCCUAUAGCCACUUACGAGAGUGGAACCACGAAUUGUUCUGAUGUCGCGGUACAAGAACUGCGGGCUCUGGUUCCAACCCUCAUAUCCCAUACGGCCGCCACGAACGAGCUGGGCCUCGAAUAUAAUCUCGUCAAGCCAACGCUAGGUAUCCCCAUCUCCGAACUCAGUCCACCACUCUCAUCGGCCGAACGAAGAACAAUUGAUUUUCAAACUGGUCAAUUAUACCGGCAGCUUUGCGAGCAAGUGUCACCCACUGGGCGAUUCGGACCUGCAUUUGCUGUUCUACCUCCAUGUGCGCCAUCACCAGCUACAGACUCCGCGAAGUCCACGAGGCGAGAUGUCGCCGCGAGAUUGAUGGAAUCAAGAGGCGUCCACUCCUGGACUGUGGCCUUCCAUUCAAUGUUAGAGGCCGUGCUUCGUGACGGGGAGGAUAUGCAAGUAAUGUUGGGUUACAGUGCCAUCCGACGGCAGUUCAAGCGUUUCGAGCAUGUGCUGGAUGGAAUCAAAACACCACGGCUGGUGGCUGUUGACGUCGGCAAAGAUGUCAACACCCUUGUGUUAAGAAAACGAGGCUCCGGAGACGACGCAUCUCUGGCCGAGUACAGACCGCAGGGAAGGCUAAAACACACAGACCGCCGCGGUAGUGAAGCAAGUAGCGAGGUUGGCGAUGAGUAUGAUACCGGCUCGGAUUCCGGAGACGACAGCGCGUCACUGGCUCACCAACACGACGAUGGCAUCGUCAUGGCUGGCAUGAAGGAUUGGAGCAACUUCGUCUUUGGAGAUCCACUAUUUGCUCUCAAUAUCGGUCGUGAGCCCAGUGGUGAAUUUCUUGCGGGAUUCAACGGGUCCUUAAACACUCGACACACCACCAUGCCAAUGUUUUCCUCGGAUCUGAUUGAGGACAAGGAGAGAGCUCAUGUCCGACUGCUGCUGUACGACUGCUACCAUACAAUCACGCACAUUGCGAGAACAUACUUCCGCCCGCAAAAAGACAUCAGCGGACGCGAGCUGGAGGCACGAAAGAGGUUGAACACUAUACUGGCGCAGCUUGAUGCUCUUGAUGACGCCGGCACAAGGAGGGGAAGAAGACCAAGCGGCGAAUCAAGCCCGGCCAAGAAACGGUCGAAGAGCGGGGAAUCGUCCGACUAG